AUGAAAUAAGAACAAGGAGAUGACCCACUUUCAAGAUCUUUCAAGAGUAUAGUUUAUAUAAAUACUGCUCGAGAUCAAAAUAAGUCAAUGUAUGUUUUUAUUUCGAUGAAACAAAAAUGCUGAAACUCUCACUUUUAUUGGUCCUUUGUGCGAUUAUCGUAUCACAGAUUUCUGCUCAAAGAAAUCGCGAAUACUGUGAGGAUAUAUUUCGCGAUUGUCAGAGUCAUACAACUGCUAUAGGAAGGUUUGAUGAAACCAUAGAUUCGUAUAAUCGUCAUUGUCGUCGUGAACGUCGGGGAAGAUGGAAUAAUGUAUCUCGAUGUGAAAUGGAGAAGGCCACUUGCAUUCUGAUACUUCAACGUUGUGAUGACAUGUCUUGCAAUAAUAUCGCGGAAGUUCUGGGCUUUUAAUUAAAUAACGAAUAAACAGUGUAAUCUUAUAAAUAAAUCAUAAAAUAAAAAGUAUAUAUCUUUGUACUAUACCCUCAUAUUACCAGGUAAAGUAAAGCUAAAAGAAUGAAUUCAAAAAUUCUGAUAAAAUAAAUAAAGAAAAGAAACAAUUUUACUGAUAAUAAACAGCUGCGAGCUCCCAUUAUUAAAACCAUAUGGCAAAAUCUGCUUAUAAAGUAAAGUCUAGAAACUCUAUAUCUUUAGUAAGUUUCGAAAUGUUUAAUAAAUAUUUUGGUAUUGUAGUGUUUACCAUUUUUAUGAUGGCUUCAGCGAACUACUUUUCAGACGUCUUUAAGUGCAAUGAUUUUCUACUAAAAUGCCAAGAAUCUGAAACAAAAGUUGGAAAAUAUAAUGCCACUACCAAUUCUUUUAAUAAAAAUUGUAGUCUGGAAAUUGGUUCCAAGUGGAGUAACCUCACUCGCUGUGAAUUACAAGCUGCCAUUUGUUUGUGCCAGAUGAAUCGCUUGGAUGUAAACUGUGAAAAUAUCGCGGAUGUAAUGCAGUUGUAAAAAUAUUUUGUUUCAUAUUUCCAAAAAGAUUAAAACUAUGCUUUUGA